UGGAGUCGAGGGAACCAUGGCGGUUUGGCGUUCGCAGAGACAACACAAUGCAUGAAACAUGGCCUGCACCUGACCCCCUGGGGCGUUUGACGACGGGCGUCUAAUUAUGGCCUGCACUCAAGAUGCUGCACAGGAGAUUUUACAGGCAAACUAGGCUCAGUCGUCUCAAGUGCAUAUGCAGGGAUGGUGAUGUGAAGCUUGGAAAUGGACGUCUGAGGUUCCAGGGCUGAGUGAUGUCUUGGCCGGCCGCCGGCGUCACCCAGUCGCGCCUACCCACUCGAAACCUCCGCAGACCUCCUUCCCUUUCUCCAAGUGCGAUCCUCUCCGUAGUUGCGCCCUGUUGGACGACGUAUACACCCGCCUGAAUCCCCCGUCGCUUUCUCCCCUGCUGCUACACAGAGGGCGCCGUGCCAUACAGGGAACGCCAUACCGCAUCCGAACUCUGCAGGACCUCCGUCAUGGACUCGUCCGACUACUUCACACCCGUCCGGGAAGACCGAGAUGCUCCAGGGCCGCAGACUGAAGACUCGGAUACCGACAUGGCCGCCUCUGCCACCGCUACAGCCUCCUCUUCGCGCUCCACCAUGUACACAUCACCACACCCGCGCAAGCCCGGCCGCAUGUCUCGAUCGGGGGCACCACGGCCCAUAAUCACACCUCAGAGUCCCUUGAGUUCGACCAUACCGCACAAUCUCCUUCCCUCGGCGCCUGCUUCACCGCCUACACCGGCGCCCAGUCCUACGCCGACCCAGCGAGUGCCCGACUGGAGCACCGCAGCCGAACACGAAGAUGGCGACAUCAAGAGCAUACGAGCGCAGUUUGGCGAUAUGAACAGGGCGGAGCGGAUGCGAUUGCUGGGAGAGCUGCUGAAUUUAUGCGACAGUCAGGAGUUGAGCUUCGUGGCCGAGUUUGUCAGCCCCAGGUUAAAAAAGGACCCCUUCAUGGUCCUUCCCACCGAACUAUGCUUAAGGAUUCUAGAAUGCGUCGACGACCCCACCACCCUCGCUCGGGCGUCGCAAGUGUCCAAGAAGUGGCGCGAACUCGUCAACGAUGACAGUGCCUGGCGGUUGCUGUGCCAGAAGUACUCCUUCAGGGCUCUGUCGAGAGAAGAGAGGAUCGAGGAGGAUGACGCAAACGAUGAGAUGGAGGAUACCGACGCAAAAUCAUGGUGGCAGAACGACGAGCGCGCACCCAGGAUAGAAGACGUUACCGAGAGAGAACACGUCGAAGUUGGCCCAUCAUCAACUGGCGGCGCUGAGGGUCUCCGGACGCAGAGCCUCGAUCGAGCCGCUAAGAGGAAGCCAUCCCAGCGGAAACAGCAGGCUACCACAUACCGAUCGCAUUUCAAGCAGCGAUACAUGGUUGAGACGGCAUGGCGGAAUGGAGGAGUAUGCGACGCGCGGCAGAUUACCCCAGAUCAGGGUGUAGUAACCAGUCUGCAUCUGACGAACAAGUACAUUGUGGUUGCGCUCGACAAUGCGAAGAUACAUGUUUUCGACACAGUAGGUGAUCACCAGAAGACGCUCCAGGGACACGUCAUGGGCGUAUGGGCCAUGGUGCCUUGGGGUGAUCUUCUGGUCAGCGGUGGAUGCGAUCGCGACGUGCGCGUGUGGAAUCUUGCGACUGGGUUUCCCCAGUUUACCCUCCGCGGCCACACCUCGACAGUCCGAUGUCUGAAGAUGUCCGAUGCGAACACGGCUAUAUCUGGGUCAAGGGAUACCACACUUCGCAUCUGGGACCUCAAGAAGGGUCUAUGCAAGCAUGUGCUCAUUGGUCACCAGGCUAGCGUCCGAUGCCUCGAAAUACACGGCGAUAUCGUUGUGUCUGGCAGCUACGACACCACAGCGAAGAUCUGGAGCAUAUCCGAGGGCAAGUGUCUGCGCACACUCACUGGUCACUUUAGUCAGAUCUAUGCGAUCGCCUUCGACGGAAAGAAGAUUGCGACAGGUAGUUUGGACACCAGCGUCCGGAUAUGGGAUCCCAACGAUGGCAAAUGCCUGGCUGUGCUACAAGGCCACACCUCGCUCGUCGGACAACUUCAAAUGCGUGACGAUAUCCUUGUUACUGGUGGAUCAGACGGCUCGGUCCGCGUGUGGAGCCUCGCAACAUAUCAGGCUAUUCACCGAUUAGCUGCCCAUGACAACAGCGUUACGAGUCUACAGUUUGACAACACCAGGAUAGUCAGCGGUGGCAGCGAUGGUCGCGUCAAGGUCUGGGAUCUCAAGACUGGUGUUCCCGUACGAGAGUUGAGUAGCCCUGCCGAGGCUGUCUGGAGAGUCGUAUUCGAGGAAGAAAAGGCUGUUAUCAUGGCCAGCCGGGGCGGUCGCACCAUUAUGGAGGUGUGGGACUUCUCACCACCUGCCGAAGAGGAUUUCGACUCGCGAUCCUCCACCCCAGCGAGCAUGCCCGAUCAUCUGGACGUCGAAUACAACCGACCGCGAUCAGCCAUCCUUCCUGCAACAUCGCCACUGGUUCAAGAUACUGGUGCAGGUGACGUGACCAUGGCCGAUGCAAGCGAUUCAUAAGGAUACGACCAGCUAUGGUGGAGCACGACUAGUGCAGUAAAGGCUUUCAUGUGCCAUUCUGGCCUUCAGAUACCACAGCCAUGACG